GUUUUAUCUAAUCAUAAUUUCCAUGGGUUGACUGCACUGCGACGCUGGAUAACGGCGAAGGGUUGCUCUACACAGCGAUUUGAAGCAAGAGGCGCAAACGAAUUGAAUUACAAGCUGAUAUUCGUCCUAUUAAGCAGUGCAAUUAAUGGCAUUUGCUAGGCGAGCACUAGCGUAAGGCUUUCUAUUAUAAUAGGACAUCACGCACGUCUGCAGUCCUCUUCCUUGCGGCAGGAUCUGCAUGCGGUACAGACGUAGUGCAGGCUAUCAUUAAGCGGUUUAGCCUCAAGAGUUAUUCAAUUUCUCGUCGCGAAGGGGCCUCAUAAACGCUUUAGCAAAUAGCCAGCUCCAUUCCACAUUUUCUGUUGCAGAUGCCGCCGAUGAACAGUUUCCGUCGCCGCAAGAGAAGCUUUCCUAACCAUAUGCAUCUUUGCUAGAGCAUGCUCCGGAACCAUGUCAACGGUGUCAACCGCAAACGCCACCUCCAUACGACGGCAAUGCCGGUUGCCUGGAUCUCUACCUCUUCGAUAUAAACAUCAACGUACCUGGUAUCGCGCAGCAUCAGGAUGGAUCUUUGGCGCCAGCCCUCCGGCUCUGUUCCCCGAGUACUUCCGUCAGUCGAGGCCAGCUGUACUGGGUGCCGUACCAACUAACCAUCCGUACAACUUCCGCGAGUCAUCUCCUUCCACCCACAGCAAGGCGCCUGUGGAGCUUUCUGCACUUGAGGCGGCCCAGCUUCGAAGUAUUUUGCAGGACCGCCGGGCCGCCCUCUUCUGGGAUUUGGACAACGUGGACUUCUUUAAGCCCGCCUGCUCAGCUCCUUUGCAAGUCCACCGGCUACGGACUCUGGUGACGGAGGCGGGAGCGCAACUCCUCAGUUGCAGGGCGUACGGCAAUACGGACACAGUACGGAGGUUGGCAGUGCUGUGCGUCUCCCAGGACACAGAUUUCGCCAGCCCUUUGCGGUACCUGUCCGAGCUUGGCAUCCCCACCUUGGCCAUAAGCCCCCACGACCCGCGACGCCGGGUAUGUAACGGUGUCAUUGUACGGCAGGUGUACGGUAUGAACGCGCACAUCUGUGUGUGUGGCGGCGGAUGCCGCACUUAG